AUGGACGCAGGCGGUCUUGCUCAGAUGUCUUACAACAACUUCCCUUCCAGUAAUGGUUUGGGUAUGCCAGUUACUGGUUUCGCUGCUAGAAGAGCUGCUAAUGGUUCCAACAUCAAACGUCUUUCAUUUGAACCCACUGCCAAGACUCUCGAUUCUCAAGAUAACGGUGCACCAACUCCAAGAACAUCUCGUUCUCAUUUACUCGCAGGUUUGAGAACUGCACCAAAGUCUGCUACUUCUGCCAACUUUCCAUCAACUGCUCCACCAACCCAAGUUCAACACAACACCGGUAACAAUGGAAUGAACUCGAGCAGAUAUGCCGAUAAUGGACCAAAGACUUCAGGAUAUGCUCCAUUCAAUCAACAAAACCAUCAAAUGAAUCAUCAACAGAUGUACUCUGUUCCCGAGCAAGUUCUUUCCACUCCCGAGAUUCGACUUGAUGAUGGACAUGAAGGAAUGGAUCCAAAUUUGUAUGCUCAGCUUGUUGCUACCAAUUUGUAUCUCGCAGAACAACAACAACGUCUUCAGCAACAAUUGAUGAAUGUUCAAGCUGCCGCUCAACAAAUGAGUUUGAAUGGACAAUACGCAACUCCCCCAAUCACCCCACAAAACAUGGGAAUGUAUCAACAACACCAAAUGAAGCAAAACAUGCAACCAAUCAUCACACCUGUUCCCGGAGCCCAACCUGGUGUUUACUCGUACUACAACCCCAUGACUGGACAGCAAACCUAUUUCAUGGAUAACAGUCAACAAUAUGUCGAGUCACCAAUUGAACAAAGGGUGAGCUAUUCUCCACCACAACAACCUGGCACACCAAGAUUCCAAGUGUCUCCACCACCACAAUCCGAUGCACCAUCUUUCACAAGGUCAAUCAGUCCACCAAAGAAAUCUGCAUCGCCACCACAAGACCAUGCUCCUUUGCCUCCACCAUCUGCUGGUGCUUUCCGUAGAGGACAUCGUAGCUCAAAGUCUAUGGCUAUGUCUAUGUCUGGUGAGGUUUCUUUGGAUGGUCCAAAAACGGCUGGAUUACCAAAAUCUACUUUCCCAGGUACUCCAACUCAAACCGGAUUUGGUCCAGGUGCAGGACGGGCUGGUGAACAUCCAGUCAGACAACCACGUGGUCCACCACCCAUUGAAGAAUUGAAAUCUAAGCCAACUGCCAAGCUUGAGGGUUCCAAGAACUUUGCUACUCGAACUCGUCGAAGUGCUGUUCACAAUCUUGUCCGUGCUGGAUUGGAACGUCGAAGGGCACCAGGUAGUGCAUCAGGUAGCAUGUCACCUGUAUCUGAAGAUGGUGAGAUGUCAUUCUCCGCUGAUGAUAACGAUUCGGAUUCUGGCCGUAGUGGAAGUGGAAGUCUUUCAGGUCGUCCAAGCCCACCAAGCUCUCGUACAUCUCAACAUGGUGCCAUUGGUUCUAACCGCCCUACUUCAAGACAAAACUCUCUUGAAAUCAAGUCAGUCAUGUCAGUUGAAUCAUUCACUGCUGAGAGUGUUUCUGGUGAUGAACAAAUUGGUGGUAGCUUUGCUGCUGUCUUUAAGAAUGCUGGAAAGAAGCCUGAAGUAGCUGCUAUUCAAAAGAAAGCACCAAUGCUUGUUCUCACUAGCGCUGAGAAACGCAAAAGCUCCAUCUUUUAA